GAAAUUUUGUUAUGUGAUUUGUUUUUCUGAUCUGUGUUGGUGUUUCUAUAUUCGGUGUUUGUCUUAAUUAUAAAUUUUGUGGUGGCUUUCUCUUCGUGUGUCGUCUCUUUAUUUACUACAACAAUUCAGGAGAAAAAAAUGCCCGUUCGUAAGCAAGAGGCGCAUCGCGCGCUAGAACUGUUAGAGGACUAUUAUUCAAAAUUAAUAAAACCUCAAGAUAAGCAACUAAGAAUGGCGAUUGAACGAGUUAUUGGUAUAUUUAAAUCACGACUGUUUCAAGCCUUAUUAGAUAUUCAAGAAUUUUAUGAAUUAACGCUUAUGGAUGAUACCAAGUCCAUUCAACAGAAAACAGCAGAAACAAUUCGAAUUGCUAAUAAAUGGGAAACAAAUGAUGGGCCAAUAGCACCUUCGUACACAAAUAAUGAUGGUGGAUCAACUGAAAUUGGCCGUAAUGACGUAUUAUCCCAAGCGCUAUUGUCUCUACAACAGGAUUACACAGUUACACCAGAAAAGAUAAAUGAAUUAGUAGAACAGACCACAAUAACGUCUUCACCAAAAGUAAAAGAAGUUUCAACUCAACAAGAAAAUAACGUAACGGAAAAUGAUCGAAAUCAAACGGUCGACGAAAAUACAAUCAUACCAACACAGCUCCAGAAUAAUAUUCAACCAGCAACUUUAGUCGCAACAACAAAACAGAGUAACGACAGUUGGCAGGGUCAAGAUGGUGACCAGGCACAUACACCGUUAUUAGCAUCAGCCGAUGGCAAACAUAUAAACGGUGACGAUGAAUGGGAUUAUGAGGAAAUUAUAUUGGAACGUGGUGGUGCUGGACUCGGCUUUAGUAUUGCCGGCGGUACAGAUAAUCCUCAUAUUGGUGAUGAUACUGCCAUCUACAUUACGAAGUUGAUCCCAGGUGGUGCGGCAUCCACUGAUGGACGGUUGCGUGUUAACGAUAGUAUACUUCAGGUGAACGAUAUAUCUGUUGUUGAUGUACCACAUGCAACUGCAGUAGAUGCCCUUAAACGUGCCGGAAAUACUGUUAAAUUGUGUGUUCGACGAAGACGAAAAAUACGAAUAAUGGAAAUAGAAUUAUUAAAAGGCAAUAAGGGUUUAGGCUUUAGUAUUGCUGGUGGUAUUGGUAAUCAACAUAUUCCAGGCGAUAAUGGAAUAUAUGUUACCAAAAUUAUGGACGGCGGUGCUGCCCAAGUUGAUGGCCGUUUACAAGUUGGUGAUAAACUUGUUGCAGUUAGAGAUAAUGAGGAGGGUGAUAUUAAUUUAGAAAAUGUUACACAUGAGGUGGCCGUCGCGACCCUAAAAGCGACACAAGAGCGUGUUGUGCUUCUUGUCGCAAAAUUAGAGAGUGCCUUCCCCGCGGCAGCACCCACUGCUGUAUCCAAAGCACCGUCAGACGUAUCAAAUUCACCCCAACCACCAACGGAAACACCAUUACCAUAUGCUGAAUCACUUCAUACAUCAUCAUUGGCAUUACAUAAAUCACCAACCCCACGUGCAGUUAGUUUAGAAGAUAUUUCAAGAGAGGCUCGAACGAUUGUCCUAAAUAAAGGAAACUCCGGCCUAGGAUUUAAUAUUGUCGGCGGUGAAGAUGGCGAAGGAAUAUUUGUAUCAUUUAUCCUUGCUGGUGGACCCGCUGAUCUUAGUGGUGAAUUACGGAGGGGCGAUCAAAUACUUAGUGUAAAUGGUAUUAAUUUACGUAAUGCUACCCACGAAGAAGCCGCUCAAGCACUUAAAGUAAGUAAAAACGGUACGGGUCAAACUGUGACCAUUAUGGCACAGUAUCGACCUGAGGAAUAUAAUCGUUUUGAAGCAAAAAUUCACGAUCUAAAACAACAAAUGUCACACCAAACAAUGACGGGAACAUUACUUCGAACAUCUCAGAAAAGAUCUCUUUACGUAAAAGCUCUAUUCGACUACGAUCCUUUAAAAGAUGAUGGUCUACCAAGUCGUGGCUUAGCUUUCCACUACGGUGAUAUUUUACAUGUUACAAAUGCAAGUGAUGACGAAUGGUGGCAGGCCAGAAGAGUUCUUCCUAACGGUGAGGAACAAGGUAUGGGUAUUAUACCAUCAAAACGUCGAUGGGAACGAAAACAACGUGCACGAGAUAGAUCGGUCAAAUUCCAAGGACAUGUUCCUAGUGUAAAUGACAAGCAAUCAACGCUAGAUCGUAAAAAGAAAAACUUCUCAUUUAGUAGAAAGUUCCCAUUCAUGAAAAGUAAAGACGAUAAAUCUGAGGAUGGUUCUGAUCAAGAACCCUCUCCAACUGAAUCUCCCAACCUAAAUAAUGACUCAGAGACAUCUUCCCAGCCAUUCAUGCUUUGCUACACUCAAGAUGAUGCUAACGCUGAAGGUGAAAUUUUAUAUCGUGUUGAGCUUCCCUAUAUGGAGGAAAUCACAUUAAUUUACUUGGAGAAUAGUGAUAAUUAUGAUUGUAACGAAGAAACCGUUUUAUCAUAUGAACCUGUACAACAAUUACAAAUUGAAUAUACUCGACCAGUUAUUAUCCUGGGUCCACUCAAGGAUCGCAUUAAUGAUGAUUUAAUAUCUGAAUUCCCGAAUAAAUUUGGCAGCUGUGUUCCACACACCACCCGCAGCAAACGUGAAUAUGAAGUUGAUGGACGUGAUUAUCAUUUCGUUGCUUCACGUGAGCAAAUGGAAAGAGAUAUCCAAAAUCAUCUUUUCAUUGAAGCUGGUCAAUAUAAUGAUAAUCUGUAUGGUACAUCUGUUGCAUCUGUACGAGAAGUUGCUGAAAAAGGAAAACAUUGUAUUUUGGAUGUUAGCGGUAAUGCAAUUAAACGAUUACAAGUUGCUCAAUUAUAUCCAAUCGCUAUAUUUAUUAAACCAAAAUCGGUAGAUUCAAUACUAGAGAUGAAUAAACGAAUGGGUGAAGAACAAGCUAAAAAGACUUAUGAGCGUGCUAUUAAAAUGGAACAAGAAUUUGGAGAAUAUUUCACUGCUGUUGUUCAAGGUGAUACACCCGAAGAAAUUUACAGUAAAGUGAAAGAUGUAAUUACUGAACAAUCUGGCCCAAGCAUUUGGGUACCAACUAAAGAGCAACUGUGACAAUCGGCCAGUCGUUCUUCAUGGACAUUACCACCACGAUUCACAUAAUUACAAGUCAAAAAUUAAACAAACAGAGAAAUGUUAACAAUAUUAUAAUAAAUUCCCAGCCAAUUUUGAAUCAAAACAAUUAUUAAAAAAAAUUUCCCGAAUAUUAUAAAUAAAGCUGAGCAAAGUGCUGCUCUUAAAACAAACCUUACCCUAGCUACAAAACAAACAAAAAAUAAUGACUAGAGAAUCUCAAAUAUUUUAAUCA